AUGACCGCUCAAACAACCCCAGGAAGGGGAGCCUCCAUCUCCACUCAGCGACGGGCAAGUGUCACAGUCCAAGAUGCUGGUCACGCCCCAGAUGUCGAUGCCGGCACGGUCGAAGAAGCCGCAAAGGCCUCCGCCAGCGAGACUUCCAUGACCCUUCUCCAAGGCCUGAAGACCUACCCCAAGGCUGUGGGUUGGUCAGUCCUCCUUUCAACUUGCAUUAUUAUGGAAGGCUUCGACAUCGUUCUCAUCAAUUCUCUCUACGCUUUGCCCGCUUUUCAGAGAUUCUUUGGCGACCGUCAACGCGACGGGUCCUACGGAAUCUCAGCGGCCUGGCAGUCUGGCCUCUCGAACGGCGCUCUCGUGGGCGAGAUCCUCGGUCUGUUUGUCUCUGGCAUAAUCACGGAGCGGUUUGGCUACAAGAAGACCAUGAUGGGUGCUCUCGGGAUGCUGACUUGCUGCAUCUUCCUACCGUUCUUUGCUCAGAACUUGCCCAUGCUCUUGGCGGGAGAGGUAUGUAUCAUCUCCGCGAAACAUCUCACGACGGAGGUACUGACAUCUUCCUACCUCAGAUACUCUGCGGCCUGCCUUGGGGAACAUUCCAGACAUUGACUACGACCUACGCAUCAGAAGUCUGCCCCGUAGCGCUUCGCCCUUACCUCACCACUUACGUCAACCUCUGUUGGGUAAUUGGACAAUUCCUCUCCUCGGCUGUCUUAAAAGGCGUCAGCAGUGAGACUGGCGAGAUCGGAUUCAGGAUGCCGUAUGCCUUGCAAUGGAUUUAUCCAGUUCCCCUGAUUAUCGGAAUUGCCCUGGCGCCAGAAAGUCCAUGGUAAGAAUGAGAAGUCGAAAGAACUUUGGAAUAGAGCCAGCGCCUAACAUCUGUUGCAGGUGGCUUGUCCGAAAGGGCCGCAAGGAGGAUGCGAAGAAGCAGCUCUUGCGCCUCACGUCGCGUAGUCAGGUCGACUUCGAUCCGGACGCGACUGUAUCCAUGAUGAUCUACACGAACGAGUUGGAGAAGGAAACUACUUCUGGAGCCAGGUACUGGAACUGCUUCAAAGGCGUGAACCUUCGCCGAACAGAAAUAGUCACCUUUGUUUGGGCUAUCCAGACUGCCUGCGGCGCAAGCUCUAUGAUCGGCUUUUCAACCUACUUCUUCACCCAAGCAGGCCUGGACACGUCGCACGCAUUUUCCAUGUCUCUAGGUCUGUAUGCCCUUGGAGCCGUCGGCACAUUAUUUUCAUGGUUCCUCAUGAGCUGGUUCGGACGCCGCACCCUAUACCUCUGGGGCCAGAUUCUUAUGUCUCUUGUCCUGCUGAUCAUCGGAUUUCUGGGUAUUGCGAACACCUCAGGAGCGCAGUGGGGCAUUGCAGGCAUGAUGUUGAUCUACACUUUCGUCUACGACGCAACAGUCGGUCCUGUCUGCUAUUCGCUCGUCGCGGAACUUGCAUCAACCCGUCUUCGUACAAAGACGGUUGUCCUUGCAAGGAACCUCUAUAACAUAUCGGCCAUCGUCGCAAACAUCCUCACACCGCACAUGCUCAAUCCCGACUCAUGGGCAUGGGGUGCGAAGUCGGGCUUCUUUUGGGGAGGCGCCUGUGCCCUGUGUGCCGUCUGGACAUUCUUCAGGUUGCCUGAGUAAGUCGUUGUUCUUCUUCUCAUCCGAUCGCAUAUGCUGACUGCCGCCUCUAGACCCAAAGGUCGUACUUACGCGGAGCUUGAUGUCUUGUUCCAGACAAAGGUGUCGGCAAGAAAUUUCGACAAGACCGACGUCGUGGCACUUACAGGCUCAUCUGGCAUUACCACGGCCGAUAAUGAAUCGGGAAACGAGAAGGCUCUUUCCAAAGGUGCGCUACACUACGACGUGAAGACAUUGGAUUGCGAGAAAUUGGAGCAUGUUGGCAGCAACUGA